AUGCAAUUCAACAAAAGAUUUUAUUUCUUAGUUCUUACACUCUGCCUCAUCCUUGCUGCAUGCUCUCAUGCUAGCCCCGUACCUGAUCAUAAGGAUGAUAAAAAAGAAAUUAAAAUUGGAAAGAUUACCGCUAAAGAAAAUGAAAAAAAAGAAGAAAUUACUCUCACUAUAAACUUUAGCGUAUAUAAAAUUGAUGCUGAAAUUAAAUUUAAAUCUGGUGAUGGCAAAACCUUGAAGCCUACAAAAAAGACUGUUAAGGCAGGUGACAAGAAAGUCGAGUUCAAAGUGAAAGUUAAGGAUGGAAAAUCCGCCAAGUUCACCGUCACAUUGGAGGAUAAGGAUUGUGGCGUCAAAGCUGAUACAACUUUCAUUGUUAAAGAUAAAGAAAAAGAUUGUAAAGAAGACAAGUAG